AUGGAGACUGUAGAAAUGAAUAGUGUGUCCUUGAAACGUCCUCGCUCUGAGGAUGAUGUGGCCAAUGCAGACGAGAUUAAAAGACAGAAGAUCUUGGAGAAGUCUAAAACAGGGAAUGACUCUGGGCAGAGUAUUGAGACUGUAACAGAACAACCUGAGGACACGAAAAACGAAGUAAUCCCCAAUGAGGAAAGUGAGGAGCAGGAAGAAGAGGAACUAGAGGACAGUGAUGAAGAUGGAGAUCCAGAGAGUUUUGCAGACAUGAUGAAGCAUGGACUGACAGAAAGUGACGUUGGCAUAACUAAAUUUGUUAGCUCUCAUAAAGGGUUUUCUGGAAUUUUAAAAGAAAGAUACUCAGACUUUGUUGUCCAUGAAAUAGGCAAAGACGGGCGCGUGAGCCAUUUAGAUGACUUUUCUGUUCCAGUGGAUGAUGAGGACCCAUCAGAAGAAACAUUUACAGUUUUGUCAGAUGAAGACAAGCAACGUUUAGAGGAGCUCCAGCUACUUAAGAAUAAGGAAACCAGUGUUGCCAUAGAGGUAAUUGAAGACACCAAAGAAAAAAGAACAGUCAUCCAUCAGGCUGUGAAGUCCUUGUUUCCAGGACUGGAGACUAAAACAGAAGAUCGAGAUGGAAAAAAGUACAUUAUUGCUUAUCAUGCUGCUGGGAAAAAAGCACUGGCAAAUCCAAGAAAACACUCUUGGCCAAAAUCUAGGGGCAGCUACUGUCACUUCGUGCUGUACAAGGAGAACAAGGACACUAUGGAUGCUAUUAAUGUCCUAUCCAAGUUUUUAAGAGUGAAGCCAAACAUAUUUUCCUACAUGGGAACUAAAGAUAAAAGGGCUAUAACAGUUCAGGAGAUUGCUGUUCUCAGGUAA